AUGGUUGCCAAGAUUGACCACCUAUUGGCGUUGCGAACUUUGAAGGAUAUUGAGUUACGUAUUUUCUCCACGUUGGUUUUGGGUUAUGCUACAUCUCUCAAAGGGGAUCCAUCUCCAAUAUGUGAAACAAUUUCUCCUUUCUCCCAAUUAUGGUCUUUUUUGAAUUUUAAAUGUAGUUUCAUUCAAGGAGGUAUCCGAUUUUGUCACUUGUAA